UUGGCUCUAAACUCCAGCCACUCCGCUACACAGACAGACCCGAGACUCGCACUCUGCUCUCCUCCGCUGCUUUCCUUUCUCUCUCUUGGAUAUUAUUUCCCGGGUGUUACUUUUUUUUUUUUUUUCUCCAUUUGUCCUUUGUACAUUUUUUUUUUUUUUUUUUUUUUUUUGUGAAUGGGCAUCAGUGCCCGGUGCGAGAAGCUUGUGAAUGGACUGAAUUCUGCGCUUGACUGACUGACUGACGGGUGAAGAGAGCAGCAGCUGUGUUUCAAUUAAAGAGAGCGAUGCUGAGAGGUCAAGUGAGGAGCAGCCGAGCCUCUUAGUAGUCUGGAAAUACAAAGACACGUGAGGCGAAUCGAGAAGCUGAAGGAAAGCAGAGACGGAGAAAAGAAAAUGGUGAAUCACAGAGUGGAAGACCUGAUUGGGAUCCCCUUCCCCAACCACAGCAGCGAUGUCCUCUGCAGUCUCAACGAGCAGCGCCGCGCCGGGCUGCUCUGUGACGUCGUCCUCAUCGUUCGUGACCAGGAGUACCGCACCCACCGCUCCAUCCUGGCCGCCUGCAGUCAGUACUUCAAGAAGCUCUUCACGGUGGCCACCACCGACGGCAGGGACCUUCACCACGCCACCACCGUGUACGAGAUAGACUUUGUGGCUCCGGAGUGUCUCACGGCCAUCCUGGAGUUCGCCUACACCUCCACCCUGACGGUCACCGCGUCCAACGUCAAGGAGAUCCUGAAUGCAGCUCGGAUGCUGGAGAUCCCCUGUAUCAUCAAUGUUUGCUUGGAGAUCAUGGAUAGCGGGGAUGGAGGUGGCGGCAGUGGCGUUGGUGGUGGUGGAGGGAGAAGGAGAGAGGAGGAAGGAGAAGAGGAUGAAGAGGAGGAUGAGGAAGACGAGGAGGAGGAAGAAGAAGAGGAGGAUGAAGAGGAGGAUGUGGGGUCAAGGAAGGAUGAGCAGGAGGAAGAGGACAAUGUCAGUGAGCGGUCGCUGCAGUCGUUGGAGAGCAGGGGGGAGCAGACACCUCUGGGUGCUGGAGACUCGUCGCCUCCCAGCACCUCCACGUACCGACAGCAGUGCGACCAGCACAGAGAGAGAUCCCAGCGGCAAUUCCCAGACUCCAUUAGAGGGAAAGAGGAGGGUGUGGAGAGUAGGGCUCUGAAGGAUUUCUCCAUUGACUCUCUCCUCCAGGAAGGGCUGUAUCCCCGCAUGUCAACACUGGACAGGAGGACCAACUUCUCCCCUCUUAUCCCCGGCUUCUACCCCUCCAUGUGGGCCGCUGAGUUCCCGGUCUUCCCUCAGCAGCUCCUGAACGCAACACAUGCACAUGCAGGAGCGUCGCAGCAAGCCAGGCUCCCUCACGCAUUCCCUGCCUCUGCGCCGCUCGAGCCCUCGAGGCCCCUUGACUUAGCCGUGAAGAGAGAGAUCAUAAAGGAAGAGAUGAAGGAGGAAGUCCCACCCAAUCUCCUCCAAGGCGACUUCCUGAAAGAGUUCGUCAGCUCGGGCUUGGGAAGCACCAUAAACGCUGGGCCGGUGCCAUCGGAAAAUUAUCCACUAGGUCCGAUUAAGGACGAGGCAGAUUUCCGAUCGUAUCUGAGCCUCCUGAGCUCCGCUUCCCACCUGGGUACACUUUUCCCUCCCUGGCAGCUGGAAGAGGAGAGGAAGAUGAAGCCCAAAGCGUCGCAGCAAUGUCCCAUUUGCAACAAAGUCAUCCAAGGAGCUGGGAAACUCCCGAGACACAUGAGGACACACACAGGAGAGAAACCCUACAUGUGCACUAUCUGUGAAGUGCGAUUCACGAGGCAAGACAAGCUUAAGAUCCACAUGCGGAAGCAUACGGGCGAGCGUCCCUACAUCUGCCUUCACUGCAAUUCCAAGUUUGUCCACAACUACGACCUGAAGAACCACCUACGCAUCCACACCGGCGUCCGCCCUUACCAGUGCGAGCACUGCUACAAAAGUUUCACACGCUCCGACCACCUACAUCGACACAUCAAGAGGCAGAGCUGCCGCAUCUCCCGCCCCCGGCGAGGACGAAAACCAGCUACCUGGCGUUCCGCACCUGCCAGCAACUUCCUGUGCCCUCCUUCGGUCGCAGCCAACCCUCUGGAGGAGAACGGCUUGAGCCCGACAUACCAGGCGGUCAAGGGUCACGGACUUGGGGAGUUGUUCGGCCUUGGCGGCAGGGGUCUGGGCUUCAAGAGCGUGGAUGUUCCUGGCAGGCAGAGCAGGGAGGACCGGCCAGCAGAGGCCAAGCAUGUCGCAGAGGAGGAGAAGGCGGGAGCAAGGAGACAGAGAGGAGUGUUUGCCUUCGCUCUCGCUGGAGAAGAAGUGCUUAGCCACUCUCCAUUUUAUACUGCAGCCUCUGACCCUUGGACCAUGAGACUGGAGCGUGCUCCACCCAUCCCCGAGCCUGCCAAAUGAACUCUGGUCUGUAGAUGAAAAUAUUUAAAAAAAACAUCCUUUAAUCUGUGUCUGACCUGCUCCACGAAGCUAAAGCACCUUUUUUGUGGCAUCAAUGAACCUUGUGAAGCCCGCUGAGGCGGCGGUAAAAAUACAGUCCAAUUAGGCGAUUCAAUAUUAUGAGUCCUGUGAAUGUUUACAGAUUAUUUCAAACCAUAUAAGAAACAAAAAAAUGGCAAAACUAAUGAAGAAGACUGGAAUUGAUUGAUGCUAUCAGUUGUGUUAUGUCUAUACACACUUACAAAGAUUUACACACGUGGAAAAAAUUGUUGG